AUGCUUCAAGCUCCCGUUCUUAUUCCUUUGCUCCUCAUCGCGUUGCUGGUAAAACCCUUCCUGGAUGCGGGUAAGGCCGAACUUGCGGCCCGUUACCGGCUCUCUGUCCGUAGAUUCGCCGAGAAAGCCUUGAGCCGUGGACCAAGGGGUCUUGAGGACCACCCCGAGGGCCACAACUGGAUCGCCGGUAUGGACAUGAUUUGGACCACUCCCCCGACGGUGCGCGCGGUUAAGCCACAUCUGCAGCAGAUAUGCGAAGUCGAGCCCAAAGCUCGCCUGGUGUCAGUGGAUGACGAGCCGACAGAGGGCUUGGGGCGUGAAGAGGUGCUGAAACUUCUCUCUGGCUCCGCUUCCGUGCUCAACUUCAUGAAGGGCAAGAGAUGGCAGCAGAAGAAGGAUGAGGAGAGACUUCUGAAAAGGCUCGAUACCGUCAUCAGAAAGCCCCAGGAAGGCAAAGGCUCGCACCGUGGUUUCAGAGGAAGCUGA